UCCGUCGUCGUCGGCGUCGCUGCAUCUGCAGGUGCACUCACCUGUCGGAGAGCGAGCCUCGGCUUCGCUGUGGCAGCGCUGCUGCUUCACUUAGACAUUCCCCGCCGGGAGUUUUUUUGGAUCGUAAAGGCUACGGUCGUACCUCAGUCGAUUGGUGGCUGCCUUGGCUACUUGCAACGCGCUCGCAGAGGUCCUUCAAGUCCUGUCUCUUGACUGACGACGACGCACUACGUCUCGGAACGAAAGUGAUGUAACACCAGCGAUGCCUUCAUUCAACAGCAACACGAAACUGAUAGCCGGGUCGUAUGGUGUGUAGCAUGUAAGUGUUGUCUGAGGAGGGCCUCGGCCCAGCCGCGUCCAGAGAAGUGUCCAUCGCAAUGAAAGCUGCACUCAUCAUCGGAAAAUUUCAGUUGCUGCUCGUAUUCCAUCUUUUCUUAAAAUUCCACUUCACCAUCGCAGGAACUUGCUGGUUAGCCAUGCUCCGUAACGGCCGUUGCACCGAAAUCCUCUACGAGAAGAGCACGAAAGAGCAAUGUUGCGGCAACCGCCUCAUGCAGACGGCCUACUCGCCUGACGAGCUCGAUCCGGGGGCUUUCUUCUUUUGGAGGGUGUUGGGCGACGGUGUGCGCUGCCUCCCCUGUCAAGUUUCCUGCAAGGACGUUGACUGCGGAGUUGACAAAACGUGCACGAUUCGGAAAGGACGCGCCAAAUGCGUCUGCUCCUCCAAGUGCAAGGAAGGGAAAGUCCGGGCGAAAAGGGGGCCGAUUUGCGGCACCGACGGCCGGAGUUACCGGAAUAUUUGCAGACUCCGGAAACGCGCCUGUCGACGCAAGUCGCACUCGCUGGCGAUUGCCUACAGCGGAACCUGUCAAACCUCCUGUGAUAAAAUCAAAUGCCCGUCGGGCAUGCACUGCCUCCUGGACCAGAACCUGCACCCCCACUGUGUCAACUGUUCGAAGCGGUGCUCCGACAGCCCCCGGCGUCGCGAGGUGUGCGGUUCCGACGGCGUGACCUACCCUAGUGCUUGCCACCUCCGCGAGAAGACCUGCCGCCGCGGCAAAGCCAUCCCCAUCGCCUACAAGGGCCCCUGUCGAGAAGGGGCGACGUGCGGGGACGUCCGCUGCCAGGACCGGCAGUCGUGUCUGACGGACCCCUCGACGGGGAUGCCGCGCUGCGUCAGCUGCACCUCCACGUGCCGGCCGCGGCACAUGCACGGCCCCAUCUGCGGCACCAACAACAGCACGUACCACUCCUGGUGCGACAUGAUGGUGGAUUCGUGCGCCAAGGGGUUUGUCAUCGAUACGAAGCAUCCGGGGCGGUGUGGGGGCGGCGAGGGAUAGCCAGCGGGGGCGGUUGUAGAUAUGAAAUUUAAACCAAAGAGUAGCAGCGAUUUGGACUACGGUAUGCUUAAGGAAUUCCAUGUUAAAGAGUCUAGGUAAAAGUAGAGAUUUUUCAAUAAUUCCAAAGUAGAGGUGUCCGUCGUAGGGGGACGGGGGCGGGGCGGGCACGAUUCUCUUGCCGAGAACUUUACAUUUUUUCCCUUGCCUGAGUUUUUUAUUCACAUUUUAAUGAACCUGACCUUAAUUUACGUCUAAAUUACUUCAGAAAAAAGUCAGGUCUUGGUACCGACAAAGAUUUUGUUCCUGAGAAAUUAAAAAAAUCAACUAUUUGUUUAAAGCCUUGAACCUCUUUAAAUUACUUCAGGGAACCACUAAGUUUCUCUUCUGUGUUUGAUAGUUUUCUUUGACAAUUUUAUAAGUCAGAGACUGUUCCUGCGAAAAUAUGUACUAACUAAUAUACAAAUUAUUAUUCUUCGCAGAAUUCUUGAGAUUAAUUCCUGGUGAUUUCGACAUUUAAAACGGUUAAAAUUGGGUUAAAUGUUUCCUGAGCAGAAGGUUUUUCUUCUCAGAUUAUUUUCUGAAAAGAGCCAUCAAAGAAAAAACAUGAUAAAACGAAAUAAGAGAAUAGUUGUUCAAACUAAAUAGGUACUACUUCUGGAAAUUGUAAAACUGCUGUUUCCUGAGUUUUGAAUUUUUCAACAGAGUUUCUGAGUUUAUCCCGCUAUUGAUUUUAGAAAUCACCUCAAGUAAUCCUGCUUCUGUAUUCAGAAAAAAAACUAUUACAGAAGUCAUUACUCUUUAACAUAAAUUGAAGAAAAUAUAACAAAAAAAUUUCAAAUAAUUAUUAAACUUUGUACAAUUAAAAUGAUGUUAAUUAUGUUUUUGACUGUUGCUGAUACAAUUUUGUUACUCAAAAAUUGCUCCUGAGAGAGUUUUUAAAAUAAGUAAGUAUGUGGUAAUAGAUGAACAAUUUUUUAUUUGAAAAAUCAAUUAAAAUUAGUUCAAAUAUUUUCUGAAAAGAACGUCUUUCGUCUCAGAUAAUGAUGUUCUCAGGAGAAUGGUUAAAGAAAAAUAUGAUAAAAGAAAUACGAGUUUAAUUCUUAUCCAAACUAAAUAUUUUUGAAAAUUAUAAAAAUCUUGAUGGUCAUUAAUUUCUGACAUAAAUUAAAGAAAAAAUACCGAAAAAAUCAGUGUUUAAUAUUAAAUAUCUACUAAUUAUUUUCGCCAUGCAUGUGAAUGUUUUCAGAAUUUUUCUACAGUUUCCUACAAUAAAUGUUAAUUGGUUAAAAAUAUUCACAUAAACAAAGUUUGAAAAAUUAAUGGAAUUUUAUGAUUUCUAGAGUCAUUCUAAAACUUGCUUACUUUUUGUAUUUUGUGCAAAAAAAUACUUCACCCAAAAUUUAUGAAUUUAUUUAAAUAGUUUAAUUUAAAAUUUUGGCUUGUGGAGCUAAGGAUAUUCUAGUAGAAUUUUAAAUAAUAAUUCAUAUUUGUUUAAUUUUUUCUGGAUUGUUUUUGUUUUGAAGAACAGUUUUUUUCUUUUUAGAAUUUAUUUUAUUGUUGGAGGGUUAUAAUUAAGCUGAUCGAAAAAACUUAGGGAGAUUGGUAUUUUUACACUCGUAUUUUUUGCCCCAAACAAUAUUUAGACAUUGCUUACUUUACAAGACCAUAAGAAAUAAUAAUAAUAAUAUAGGGACUUAAAUUAAAUUAAAUUAUAGUAAAAUGAACUGUAAAAAAAUUUAAAAAAAUCCUGCAGAGAAAAAUAUUUAAUAUCAAAGGCUGAUUUUUGUGUGAUUCUUAGAUCAAUUUCUGAAUACCAAUAAAAAGCAUUCAUUUUUCGUGUCCUGAAACUAUAUCCUGCGAAAAUAUUCGUAGUUAUUUCAGGAACUACUGGCUAAUUAAAACUUAAUGUGUUGUAAAUGUUGGCGCUUCGGCAAGUGUGGUGGCCGCCUCCGCUUUCGCGUAGAGUAAUCCACGUGUUCUAAUUCUUAAUUUAAGGUAAAAGUAAUAACUCACAGUAAUAACCAGUAUUGAAGAAUGUAGUUAAAGUAGCUGAGCAAGAAACGUUGUGUGUUUGUACUAUAAUAAUAACUUCGAAUUCGUUGUAUUUUGUUGACAAAUUCUAGUCGGAACUAACAGACUUGUUGGCAAUCGCUGGUUUUUAAAUGUAAACAAAUUGAAUUUAAUUUAUUGUACAAUAUCGAAAUAAUAACCGUUCGAUUUGCAUUUAAAGCCUCCUCCAGCUGGUUCUCAGACAACAACAACCGACGUGAUCUUUAUACAGAAAACGUGUUCUGAUAAAUAAAUGGCAAAUUAAGUAAAUUGUCAUCAUUUCGAGUUUUGCAUGCUUGCGAAAAAAUUAUCAUAAACUUUUCCAUGGAUGCACAGGAAUGCAUAACGUGACUCUUAACCCCAAAUGGGCUCUCUGCUGAAAUGCGAACCGUUAUUAUGAGAUACCAAAAAGAAAUAAUGCGCGCGAGGUUGUCUGGAAAGCUAGGUUUUAUUCUGCUGUUUCAAGUACUUAACUAGUAAAUUAUUUUCUGUUUGAUUGUUUUGUUAAUUGAUUCUUUAUGUACUUGUUGUAUCUUUUGUACAGUAUUUUAUUAUUAUUAUAUUCAAAGUAUUUUUGUAUUGUUAUUUUUAAGAAAUUAUGGUGACUUAUUAUGUAAAACACGAUGUAUUAGACUGGCGUAACUUAUUAAAUAUUUAUUGUAGAUUUAGAUAAUAAAUCACUAAAACACGA